AGCCGGGUGUGGCUGAGGCGUCGGGGAGGAGCCGGGGCCCUGAGGAGGAGCCGCCACGUCCGGGAGAAGCCGGCGGCGGGCAGCCACCACAGUUAGCACGUGAGGCCGCGGGCGCCGAGGGGCCGGAGACCAGAUAGAGAAUAGGACUACAAAAGCAAAUAUGGAAGAAGAGAAGAGCAAGGAACUCACUUGUGGCAGUGCAAGUAUCAACUUUGAAGAGAUCGGUGGUUUGAAGUUGGUACAACAUCUUGCAAGGUCAAAUGCACCCAGCUCAUUAAAAGAAGUUGCUCUGUAUACUGUAGUAUCUCUAGCUAAAUUUAAUGUCUUCUGUCAGGAAAGUCUCUGUACUCCUGAAUUGUUUGGUGAAAUUACAAAGUUCAUAGUUGAUGAGGAGUCCAGUGUGAAUUUGCAAACAGUAUCUGUUUCCAUUCUAUUGGCCGUGAUUUCAGCGAACAGGACUGGACAAAUGCUUUUGAGAGAAACAGGCUGUAUUCCUGUUCUGCAAAAGUUAUUCAGAGAAACUCUCAUAGAAUCUGAAAUUGACUCCUCGAUCAGAAGCCGUCAGGAGAAAUAUUCCCUGUGGUAUACGGUGUGCAAUGCUCUGAGUGCAGCUGUCAGUAAUCCUCCAAAUGAGGAAAAUCAGAAGAUUUGCAGUUCCAUUUUGCCAUAUGCACAGAACUUGCUGGAAACACGAUUGAAGCCUGACAUAGUUCAUCCCCUUAGCUCGUUUAUUGGCCUUGUAAUGGCAGAGAACCCACCGAUUCAGGAAUUCUUCAUAUCUGUUGGAGGACUGGAUGGUUUGGCUGAGGUUUUUACCAAGCUGGUUGGUGAUUCAAGGGAGAAUAUUCCUAGUGCUAAGAUGGCAGUAGCAGUGUCAAGUACCAUGGGUGUCUGCAUUGCCCAUAACCCUCCUGGUAGUAGAAUUCUAGUGAAGCAUCAAGUUGUGCCCAAACUUUUGACUUUGCUGUUGCUGGAGAGUCUGGAUUCUGGAGAAAAAACGAAUGUUCUGGUUACCCUUGGGUGUUGCAUAGAGUUAUGUGAGCAAAAUCUGAAUAGCCUGCUCUGGAGUGAUGACCUUAAAUUUGUCAUCAACUUAUUAGCUGAUUCUCAUUACGAGGCUUUAAGCAACGUCAUUUUUAUUGUGCUGCGCAACUGUACAAUUUUGGCUGAGAAUCUACUCGAAAAGCUUCUGGCAUUCAUUCCGCAAGAUGCUUCUGAAAAAGAAAAACAAAGAAAAGCCCUUGAAUGCUUGAAGAAGAUGAAAAGCACCCUGCUUGAACUAUUUAAAAAAGAAGAAGAUGAGGAACAAGGCCCUAAAACAGAAGGCGUUGUUGGAUAUUCCUUGCUGAAAGGCAAUGACCAAGAAAUGGACCUUCCAAAGCAGGAUCCUGAGUUAGGUGCUCAGAUUUACCACCCACCUGCAAAUAAUGAGUUCAAGAAUCCAUUAGAGAGUCCUGGAGGGGAUCCCGCAAGUACUCUUUCCAGCAAGCAGGAACCAGUCUGCAGCGAACCUAUGGUGGAACAUCCUGCUCCAGCAGUUGAAAAGUCGAGCACUGCAGCCACCAAAAGAAGAGUGACCCGAGCACCCCUAAGGAAGGUGCAGAAGAAAAAGUAGCCACCAUCUUGAUUACAGUAAAGAAACCGGGAAACCAUUGGAAUUCAACUUCAUGGUUUUACCCAGGAAUGAAGACUGAAGUGGCUCUGGAUCACAAACACUAUGAGUUAGAUAAAUUGAGUGAUAUAUAAUUCCUGAAAUAGUUUUUGUGUAGAGAUUUUUAAAAAAUAUAACUUUUCUCUGUUUUAGGCAAUUCUGUUUUAAGCAAGUUUUAUCUUGUCAAUCCAGGGAUGUUUCAGUGCAUGAUAUUCAAAUGCGGUGUGGGGUGGGCAGUGGCGAUGAUAUUGUUUCUGAAAGGGUCUUAUGGUAGCAGGAGUUCUGGAGACCUUUGUUUAGCUUGCUAAAGAAGCAUGCCAAAAAGGAAGAAACACAGGAGUAUUCACUGCUUUUAACUGUUUUUGAAUAUUCCUUUUGUUUUUUCCAAGACAAACGAUUAACAGGGGCAUAGUUCAGUAAAUGUUUAAAUGGGAUUUUUGAUGUUUUCUUUGAACUUGAUUAUUAAGAAGUGUUCUUAGUGAAUAAAAUAAUUUGUGGGAUGUUAAGAUGUCAUUAUGCCUAAGUCAUUGAGAACCAAACUUACCACCAAGGAAGAAGUUAUAUAGCCCAUUGUUCAAACACAUUUGCAUCACUUCUGGCCUGAUGGGCAGAAGAGAAUGUAAGGCACUUUUGAUCAAUGUGUACUUUUUAAGUAAGUUAGA